AUGGACACUAGUACUGAGUUUCUUACCGCUUUUUUCCAACAAAAAUUUACAUCCUUUGAGGAAUUCCACAGCCAAUUGAGGGAGUUCGAAAAGCUAACUGGGACAAUUUACAUCAUAACUAGCUCAAAGUUUCUUCCCCAUAGCCAUCCUGACAGAGGCAGACUCGUCUACAGUUCUCUAAACUACACGUGUUAUCAUCACGGAGUUUGUCAAGAUGUACCGGCUUCGAAGCGCACUCUAAGAACCUCUCGCGCAUCAUGUGGUUCUCGAAUAAAUUUAUCUGCCAUGAAUAGCAAGCUGUAUAUAGCCAAGUAUCAUAUGGUUCAUAACCAUACUCAACUGCCUGAAGAAAUCGUUAUCGAUCAGAAAAUUCGUAGACUUCAGGUGCAACAAGCUGGAAAAGAUGAUUUAAUGAUUAGUGAUGAUGUGCAGGGCGUUUUAGACGAUAUCGUUGAUCAUCCCACCAGAUUUGAAACGUCUAUGGAUAGUUCAGAGGGAAGGAUUCCACGAACAAUUACGGAACGAAAGGCCGCGGCUAAGGAUAGGCUUGCAGCACGAACCAAAAAAGCUCGCGGAGUAAAGAUUGCGCCCUACCUUCGGUGUAUAGCGGAGAUUGCAACUACGGACUCCGUUCCAGAUUUUCAUAAACAUCUCGGUGAAUUAGAAGCUCUUGUUGAGAUUUGGAAGCAAGGCGGGGUUUCGCCACUGGCUUCACUCAGUUCGAAUACAGUGCGUUCCAAUGAGAAUUAUGUUACUGCUAAUGAAAGAAUCACCAUCGCCAAAGCAGUUGAAAAUAUUAUACGUAGGCAAAAUCCUUCACCCUCUGUCCCCGGAACUCCGAAAACUGCUCAAAUAAUCACUCCAAUUGGAGGAAAUCCUAUCUCCAUCCUCCCAUCUACUAACCCCCAACCAGUUAUUUUGAAGCAAGCAUUGGGAGGGGUCAGUCAAACUCCUAGCCAAAUUGUUACCCUACCUAAGGAUGUCAUGCUAGCGGACGCUGGUAAUGGUCAACUCCAACUCAUCUCGACCUCGGGACAAAAGGGAAAUAAUGGAGUGAUUGAGGGUCAACCAUUGGUGGGGUAUGUCCUCCAACCAAUUCAAAAUACUACAGCUCUUCCAAACGCCGCCACUAGUAACUAUGUCCCAAUCGCGCCCAAACUACCUGAGCACCAGCAGGUCCAAAGGAGUUUCCAAUCUCUACCCCCACCACCACCUAGGGCUAUUCGACCACAAAUGCCUGUUUGUAAGCCGAAAGUCAAGAGACAAUCGAAGGUAAGACCUGGUUUCUCUUCUCUCAAUCCCAGCGAGCCCUUUGUGGCGAAGUUUGAAGAUGAUAGUUUGGAACAGAAGCCUUGGACAUCAAUGAUUGUGGAGGGUGAUUCGUGUCCCUAUUUCCUUUUUGUGGAAGAUGUAAAUUACUGUUACUCACCAGAGGAAGAUGCUUGGGUACCGUUGGAACAACGCACUAUGGCGGUGGAUUUUUGA